AUGGCCCCAACCGUGCCUCUAUCGACUCUCGCAAUCGCCCAUGACACCACACUACUAACGUUGAAUGACCUUCUAGGAGAUUCUUCUCCUGAUAUAGAAAACGAUCUCGAUGUUCUUCUACAUUGGCUUGAUCCAUACUAUCCCAUUGGGAAACCAUUGACAGAACCACUGUCUCGUACGCGGGCAGCUGCUCGAAGUUGCCUUAAGGAGCUAUCUGCACAGCUAGAGUUUGUUCGUCUCUGGCUCAACUCCAUUCGACUGCAGUUCCAUGCCCAUUUUGCACCAAUAGUGACCCAAAAUGCCAUUGGUGACAUCUUGCCUGAAGUAGCUAGCGUGUCCAAGUACUAUUCUCGUCAAAGUGCAUAUUUGAACUUGUCUAAGCCAGCAGCGGAGUUAUUUCUUCGAGGAAUCAACUCGCUUUUCGCCCGCUAUCUUCUGCUGCCGAAAGUAGUGGAUGAUCUUCGUGCUCACUUGUCCGACUCGUCUCUAGCAGACACCUCCAUUCCAUUGGCGACUUUUGCAGCAGUAGGAAUGUCUGAUCUAGUUCAGACAAUCAUGGCAGAAAUCACCGUUCAGCGAAUCCACAUUCAUGUUUCCCGUAUGGCUGCUGGAACAUGGAGUGUGCCCGUUCUUCAGAACAUCCAGGAAUGGGUCCGUGUUGAACUCUAUCCGUCGUUUGUCCAAGGCUGCCUAAAUGCCACCGACUCGUCCAGCAGCGAGCUCGUUCGUAUUUCACACGAUGAAUUGAUCAGAUUACGUACCAGCGAAAUCUAUGAUCUUGUGGUGGCUUUCCCAACCAGCGAGAUGGCUCUCCUGGAACUCCACUCAUGCUUGGUGUUCGAUUUGGAUUACUCAGGCUCCCAGACCCACCAUCGCUCGGCUUUGGUGGAUGCCUUCAUCGAGAAGUGCAACUUACGAUUACUACAUCUGGGGUCAAAUACCGAGGACGUGAUUCUCACCUACUCCAAAACAAUCAAGUCAUUUUUACUCAUAGAUCCAACAGGAGUCUUGCUUGACAAAGUGGCCCGUCCGAUCAGACGAUACUUGAAAACCAGAACAGACUUGGUUCUGCAAUUGGUGCAAGGAAUGAUCGAUUUGAACGAAGGGAAUAAAUUAGUGGAGUUGGCUCGCGAGCUUCAAAAGAACGAAAAACUGGCUCCUGCUCCUAUAGACGACUUGACUGAUGUCAAUUGGGUGCCUGAUCCUAUCGAUGCUUUACCAGACUUCAAGAAGAACAAAGUGUCAGAUGUGGUGGAGGCAUUAUUAUCCAUUUUCCCGCUGACUGGUAUAUUUGUUGAAGAGUUCACUCGCUUAUACGGUGAAAGACUUUUGCAGUGGGACAAAUAUUCAGCUGCAGACAUAAUUCGUGACGUAGAACUUUUGAAACUUCGCUUUGGAGCUAACGAGUUCUCUACUUUGGAUGUGAUGGUCAAAGAUAUCCACGACAGCGACACAUUCAACCUUAAUGUCAAUCUGGAUGACUUCGUAGUAACAGUUCUCUCCAAGAUGUACUGGCCGACGGUCUGUGACAAUUUGUCGGAGAAUGAUUACUUCAAUGUUCCAGUUCAGGCCAAAUUUGACAACUACCACAAGAACUUCACUCAACUUCGAAACGGUCGCGGUCUCAAACUCAUACCUUCUCUUGGAACAGUAAAACUCGAGCUCAGUUUGAAAUCAGGUAUUCGCAACUUUUGUGUGACACCUGCUCAGGCCACAGUGAUCGAAGUUUUCGACGAUGAGAAUGAUGCAUUGUCCAUCCAGACAGUCGUUAUGGUUACAGGUAUGGCGGAAUAUGCGGUAUCACAAGCACUUCGUUUCUGGCAAACACAAGGCAUUUUACGUGAAGUAGAUGGCAAGUACACAGUUGACGAAUAG